CGAUAAUGGAACUGUUUAGUAACUGAGCUGCAGGUAUGAGGAGACCAGACCAGUUGUAGGAGAUGUGGGAACCGAUGCAAGUUUCUCAUCAGCUGUGUAUGUAAGAGAAGCAAGGCAGGACUUGUGGAGAAAAGGAAGGGGACUGCUGGAUAGAUAGACCAAGAGGCCAAGAGGUGCAUAUCAAGGAGAUAAACUACAUCAAUGAAGACACCUGGAAUGGAAGUAUUCAAGCAACAGAAUGUGGAGGAUUUCUAUGAAAUGGGACCACAGCUAGGAAGUGGGCAGUUUGCAGUUGUCAGGCGCUGCAUAGAGAAAAGCACAGGCACCGAAUUUGCAGCCAAGUUUAUCAAGAAGCGCCAGAGUCGGGCCAGCAGGCGAGGUGUGAGAAGAGAAGAGAUUGAGAGGGAAGUGAGCAUUCUGCAGGAGCUCCAGCACCCCAACAUCGUAGCAUUGCACGAUGUGUACGAGAACCGCACAGACAUGGUGCUCAUCCUCGAACUUGUGUCUGGAGGAGAGCUGUUUGAUUUCCUGGCUCAGAAGGAGUCUCUCAGUGAAGAGGAGGCCACUCGGUUUAUCAAACAGGUCCUAGAUGGAGUUCAGUACCUCCACUCCAAGAGAAUCGCACAUUUUGAUCUAAAGCCUGAAAAUAUAAUGCUGCUGGAUAGAAACGUUCCGCUACCUCGCAUCAAACUCAUAGACUUUGGACUGGCACACAGAAUAGAAGCCGGAGCUGAUUUCAAAAACAUUUUUGGCACUCCUGAAUUUGUUGCUCCAGAGAUAGUCAACUAUGAGCAACUGGGAUUGGAGGCAGACAUGUGGAGCAUUGGAGUCAUCACAUAUAUACUUCUGAGCGGUGCGUCACCUUUCCUCGGUGACACAAAGCAGGAAACACUGGGAAAUAUCUCAGCGGUGAACUAUGAGUUUGACGAAGAGCUCUUCAGCAACACAAGUGAGCUGGCCAAGGGCUUCAUCAGACAGCUCCUGGAGAAGAACACAAGAAAACGGAUGACUAUACAAGACGCCCUCAACCAUCCUUGGAUUAAGCCUCUGGAUCUCAGACAGGCCAUGGUGAAGAGGUUGUCAGUGAUAAACUUGGAGAACUUUAAGAAACAGUAUGCCCGACGCAGGUGGAAGCUGUCAUUCAGAAUUGUGGCUCUGUGCAACCACUUAACACGGAUCAUGAAGAAGGGCAACCGGCUCCCUGAGGAGAACGGGAGGGAUUGUGAAAGUGACCAAGAAGAAGAAGGAAACCAGAAAAGGAGGCCAAGAACCAGAAAGAGAAGCAGCACUUCCUGAGAGCAACAGCCCAUCAUCAAGUGCCAUGGCUGACAAUGUUCCGGUUGCAAAAAUAUUGACUCUGCAGCUCUGUACCACACACUUUGCAACUGUUACUUGUCAUAAACAGUCAGCUACAGUAUUGGUUUGACUAACGACUGAAUAUGCAGCAUUUUCAUUGGUCAGGGCAGUUUUGUUUGUCUUUUUCACCCACAAAACCAGCAGAUCAUCUGUUGUAUGUUAGAUAACAUUCUGUCAUUUUUAAAUGUGUUAAGUCUUCUGGUGUAAGAAGAUAUACAGUAACUGCUUUAUUGCUGCCAACAACUGAGAAGCCAAUUUUAGUACAUCCACAAGAACACAGGCAGCUUUCUUUAAUAACUACAGUCUUAAAAGUCCCUCAGCUGUUCAUUGACAUUCGAUUAAUGGCACAGAGUUUAAUUCUUUCAUUUUUAUUCUGCUGGCUACCUGUGAGACUUUACAAAAGGUAUGUAUUGUCCAAAGCAUUGACAGGUAAAAUGGUGGUAGCCGGUCUUCACAUCCAAAUGUUUAAAUGUUGGGCUGAUUAACAUUUAACAAUCAAACUGUUUACCUCUUAAUUUGCCACAACAGAAUAAUUACCUGAAACGUGUACAUUAUAUAGAACUAUCGGUGUACUGUAUUAAUAACAGGAUGCGUCUGAACUACUGUAAAUUAGUUAUGUCCAACAGGACAACAAUUGUAUUUCAUUUUAUGCAUAUAUAAAAACAUUUUAUAUGCAUAUGUAAAAUUUCACAGUUGAACGUUAAUGUAAUUAUUAGGUCUUACUAUACUUUGAUGUAUUUAUGGUGUAAAUAUACAGUACAUGUCAGCCAAAUGUCUUAAGCUUAGUUUUUAAUGAUAAUUCACUGUUUGCAACACGCUUUUAUGUUUCAGUUUUUAUUUUAAUGCUGUCAUUGUGCACCCGACUUAUUUAUCAUCCAGAUUUUGGUCAGUUAUUCAGUUUGACAACAGUAAUGUUGUUUGGGCCCAGUUAUAUAACAUUGGUUGAGUGUUGAGUGUAAUCUAAUAUUACAUGUAAAUUUGUAUUUUUGCAGUCAAAUCUUUCAUUAUAGGCAAAUAAAUACAAACAGAAGUAGACAUCAUGUACUGUAAUACAGUUUUCCACAGCACUACUGUGGACACUAAUUUGGACAAGUCUGUUACUGUUUCCCUCCUAAAAAGAAUUCAUUUCAACACAUGCUGGAAUCUUCCUUCAGUAGAAGGUGAAAAUUACAAAAGCCCUUUGAAUUAUGUACGUUAUUUCAGUCUGUAUUACUGAAGUGAAAAAUAAUUUCUUCUGACAUCUACAAUCCUUAUGUGAGCAUUUGCAUACUAUAGAGCAAACUCACCUUCCAACAGCAUUGUGUUUCCGGUUAAUGAAAACCUGUGAGUUACUGGCAUACGAUGAGCUAGAGAAAACAUUCAGAGCAUGCUCUGCUCACCCUUCUGUUAUCAGCCUGAUGGAGUCUAUCUCCAGGCUGUUGACAGUAAAUAUUUCAGCCAUGUCUCACUGAAACAUGAGCUUUUCAGCUUUGUCACCAGUAGAGAGUGAAGUGACAUGCCUUUCAGUCAGUCAUUACAGUUAUGUCUGAAGCAUCUCAUGAAACAGUUGGCAUUUUGGGAUCAGUUCUGUGGUUGAGCAGUGACACAGUUAUGGGAUCAUGGGAUUCCAGGAGACUUACACAGGGAUGAGCUGACAUGGACCGCUCACACAGACAAAUAAGCUACCGACAAAAAUUAUAUGCUAUAAGACAAAACUGUCCAGAGACACAAAUGUCUUUGACGCAGUGCUGAGUUACCCAGGAGGUCAAACUGUAAUGUAAAAUGUAGUUAACAUGAAACAGGUAUAAUUCAAUUCUCAGUAAGACUUUUACAUGCAAGAGUAAAAUUCCCAGUAGUAUACUAGGUGACUCUUAAAAUCAUGAUAGACCACAAAAAAGACUAUCACAAAGCAGCCUAUGUAAAAGUAUGCAGAAUUUGAAGAUUCUGCAUUCAUGGCAAGAUGGAAUCUCUGCUGACUAUGACUCUAAAUGUAUCUGUUGCCUCCUUGUUGUGAUGUUGGCAGAAUUUCAACUGGUUACCUGUAAAUUGAAAAAGAAAUGUUUAAAAAUCUUUAAAAGUUUCACUGGUUGCACUUUGGUUAAACAGUUUUCCUUUCACAGCAGUGCCACCUAGAGGGUAAUACAAAAACGUCAGUUGAAUGGACAUGAUCUUUCUUUGUUGUUUAAGUUGUAUAAUAAUUAUACAAGAUUUCUUUUGCUGAAAUGUGACAAACUAAAUAUUAGUGGUGUGUCAAUAAAUCUUGAUUAAAAGCAUCAAUUAAUCCUGCAACUGUGCCGGCU